CUCGCAAAGUUUUCUGGAUAAAUUUAAAUUCUCUGCGACAGACGUUGGAAAGAUAACCAAAGUAAAAAUAGGUCACGAUCACAUUAAGUCGAAUACAAGUUGGACUCUGGGAAGCCUCAGACUGAAGACGACCGCAAACAGUAGACUCGUCUACGUGUUCGACGUUAACAAGAGUUUCGACAGAAAUUCUGGGGACAGAUUAAUAGAGAGGGAUUUGACGCCCACCACAAUAUUAAAAGAGUCGCCUGAAAAAUCGACCAAUCAGAAGCUGAAUUCGCACGAUCAGAAGCAUAAUAAGAAUAAGAAAAAUAGCAAUAGCAAUAAGAAUAAUGAUAAAAACGAUAAAGAUGAUGAUGGUAGUGAUGACGGUGGUGAUGAUGAAGAUGAAGCAAAAUACAUCGUCACAACGACAACCGGUAAUAAAUUUGGAUCGGGAACGGACUCGAAAAUAUUCGUUCAACUAUUCGGCAAGGAUGGCGAGAGAUCCGACCGAAUAUUACUGCAAAAGUCGAAUAAUAAAAAUCCGUUUGAGAGAGGAAAGGUCGACACGUUCGAAGUUUUCGCGCCCUUAAUUCGAAAAAUCGAAAAAGUUAAAAUCGGCCAUGACAGUUCGAAACUGGCUUCCGGUUGGUUCUUGGAAGAGCUAAAAGUGAGCUGCCAAUCAACCGGAGAUGUGUAUGGAUUUAAAGUUGGCAGGUGGUUUGACGAGAAAGAGGAGGAUGGGAAGAUAAAUUAUUUAUUCUUCACAGCUUCAUCGAAACCGUCUAAAGAUAAAUCGCCAGAAAAAAAGGCCAAGCGUAAAAAAGCUGAUGAUAAAGACAAAUAUGAAAGAGUGAAUUACGAUAUCGAGACGGUAACCGGUACGGAUUUCGGUUCCGGGACCGACUCAAAGGUAUUCAUCCAACUAUUCGGCGUGAAGGGAAGAACGUCGAAGAUGUUUCUCGAUAAAACCGUCUCGGUAUCCGACAAUAAAAAAGACAACAAGAAUGAUAAUAAUAGAAAUAAUAAUAAUAAAAAAGGCAAUAGUAAUUUAUUCGAGACAGGUCAGACCGAUCAUUUUACGGUUUCGUCAUUGAAUAUAGGGAAGAUAAAAAAGGUUCGCAUUGGACACGAUGGUACCAAAUUAGGUUCCGGCUGGUACCUUAGCAGGUUGAAAGUAACGACGCCGGCCAAUCGGGCAUAUCUAUUUAGUGUCGGUAAGUGGCUGGAUGAGGAGGACAGCAAAAAUGAAAUUUACAUUUUCCCAGAUGGCGCUAAAAGUAAAAACGAAACUGAAACCAAUAAUAGUAAAUCGAGAAAGAAUAAUGGUAAUAAUAAGAAGAAAAAGACUGCAAAAUCAUCUUCGCCGGCCAAAACUGGCUCGAAAAAUAAACCAACCAAGCACGGUAAAAUUGAUAAUGACGGUGAAGAAGAAGAAGAAGAAGAAAAUGAUAAUGAUACUGGCAAUAAACAUAAUCACGAUCAUCAUCAUCAUCAUCAUCAUGAAGAUAGAACCAAAGAUCGUGAAAAAAAAUCCGAUUCAGAUGACGAUGACGAUGACGAGAAGAACAAAAAUCACUCAUCUGACUCAACAACGACAACAACAACAUACACGAUAUCCGUUAAAACCGGAAAUAAGUUUGGAGCCGGGACCGAUUCUGAAGUUUAUGUGGCGCUACACGGAAAGAGUAGAACGACGGAUAGGUUGAUCCUGAAAAAAUCCCUCAGCAAAAGUAAAAAUCCAUUCGAAAGAAACAGCCUGGAUGUGUUUCAGAUGGAUGCUGUAGACGUUGGAAAAAUCACAAUCGGACACAACGGCACGAAGUUCGGUUCCGGUUGGUUUCUGGACCACGUGACCGUGGAGCGGAGCAAUCAGGUCUUCAUGUUUAACGUCGACAGAUGGCUUGAUAAAAGAGAAGAUGAUGGAAAGAUAGAAAGAGAGAUUGACGCCACCACAAUUGAGGUAGUCAUUUGGGCAGCACCCUAUGCUUUUAUAUUUGAUGCAUUGAUGAAUCCGAGAGCCAGUGCAGGCGAGCAAGAGAGGAUGAACUGGAAGACAAACGAGGUCAUUCUGAAACGAGUUUGGCUAGUCUGUGUUAAAUGUGCUGAAGAGAGAAAAUUAGAUUUGCCCGAGUUCUGUAUAACAAAGUGUGGCCAUUUCGACUGUGAGAAAAGAUCGAAUGUGGCGAAUAGACCAAAUGAUGUAAUUGCGAAUUUUGAUGGGAGAAGAAGUGUGAGCUUUGAAAGUUAG